CGGCGACAGCUGUGCUUCUCCAGGGAGAGCAGCGUCGACAUGGGCUCUGACCACAGUCAGCGCGGUGGCAACUUCCCGCUAGACAUGAACAUGUACGCCACCCGCAAGACGCUGGCCCAGGGCAUGCUGGACCUAGCUCUGCUCUCGGCCAACGCCUGCCAGCUGCGGAGGGCGCUCAGCGUGCCGCCGGGACAGCGCUUCUUCGGCGCAUCCGUCGCCUUCCUCGGCCUGUCCAUCGCACUCCAGCUGCUUGCCGGAUUUCUGCUGGUGUUGCUCGGUCGCUGGAACAUCAACUGCCCAUGGGAACAGCGCCGCGCGGACACGCUGAACAACGUGGUCGUGCUGCUCGCCUUCCUCAUCAGCGUCGUGAACGUGCUACUGUCAGCUUUCUCGCCGGACAUUCAGCCACCCGAAGAUCCGCACAAGGUGUACCGGCCACAGAACGGCUGGUUCGACGCGCCACAGUAG